UUUUGAAGAACAUGAACAGAAAACGAUUUUUUAUGAUAUUUGUCGAAACUUGAACAAUUCGACAUGUUAACACUGAUGAUAGCAAUUUUCUUUUCUUUUUUGUUUACUGACAACAAGAUACCUACUAGAUAAUAUUCAAGAAUGACAAGAAUCAAGAUUCAAACUGAUUUAACAUACGUACAGUGGGAACAUAGAAAUUAAAAGUUUUAUAAUAUAAAACAAUUUUAAGUUUAUCGGUAAUUAUCUGUCAUUAAAAACUAUUGAACAUUUGAUAUAUUCUAUACUUUGUUGAUUGUUUUCUUAUUUAAGUUUCUAUAGCUUAAGUAUCAUGAAGCCCGGAAUAGUUGCUGAUGAAAUGUUCCCUGAAGGCACUAAUCCAAUUAUGGAUAUGGAUGAUGAAGUAAGUGUUAUUCUGAUUUGAUUAAAUUUACCUCAAAAUUAUAUUUAAUUUGUGUUAUCUAUCUAUAUUGUAUUUAUAAUAGGUACAAUAUUUAUUAUAUUUAUUGUAGACAGGAGGAAAUGUCGUAUUUGAUAUGAAUGAAAAAAAUCUUCAAGCCGAUUUUUACAAUGGUAAGUAUAUCGUGAAAUGACAAAAAACUUAUAUUUUAAUAAUGACAAUAAUUUUAUCAUACUUAUUUAAUCUUAAUAUGCUAUAAUAUAAAGCUUCUUCAGUACACCUAAUUAAUUUUUUAAAUGACAUUUACUAUCUAUACUACUUGGACACAAUAAAUAAAUGUGAUAAAUGUGUUUAAUUACAUACAAAUUAUUAAAAAUACGUUACUAUCAUUAAUAACAUUUACAUAAUACAUGACAUUUAUGAGGAAAGCAGCCAUCCAUUAGUAACACAUUUUCAUGACUAUUUCUUUUUAUGUUUUCAGAUAAUUGAUUUAAUAUUAGGUGUCAAUAGGUCAAAACACCAUUUCUGUUUUAAUCUUCUUGGGGAGUUACCGGGGAUAGUAGGAUUAGCAAGAUUUCUGACAAGAGGGGAUGAGAUGAUGUGGGAGCAUGAAAAAUUAUAAUAUACUUAAGCUUCUUUGUAGACUGAGGACAUUUUAAGAUUGGUAUGUAUAGUGUGGUUAGAGAUAUAAGAGGGGGAGGGAGUGUUUAACAAUUCUCGAAGUUUGAUGUCUUGAAAUGAUUGAAUUUUUUUUUGCAUUCUCUUAGAGCUGAAGGCCAUAUGUUCAAAAAGGCUUUAGUAGUGAUUUGUAAAUAAUUACUUUAUUAUUGAUGUAAGUAUAUUUAUUAUUCUUGAUGAGGUUUUUUUAGUAGGUGUAGGCGAUAGUUAAAAUUUAUUUUUUUAGAUUUAAUAUACUGAACCCAGGUUUACCAAGUGCCAGAUAUUUAACAUUCAAAGCACUAGGAAUUAAGGUGUUAUAAAUGAAGAAGACAUCAGGGCAUGAAGCUAGUCUAAGGAUGAGUGUUGAAUGUAUAGACUUUGAUUGAUUUAUUUUAAUUUUCCAGUUGGAAUAUCACUUUUCCCUAAGAAUGAGGUGAAAUUGGAGAUUUUGAGUACCUACGAAGGGAUUAGAGUGUACAGAUAAAAUUGCCUUAUCGUCCGCAUAGUCGGCAACCAGUGUGUUCGGUGUAGUUGGUUGGUCUGAGGCAAAAAUAUUGUAGAGGAUAAAGGAAAGGAUACCACUUUGUGGAACAUCAACAAAUAUAUUGGCUAUAGAAGAAAAAUCAUCACCUACACAAACUUGAAAAUGGUGAUUGAUGAGAUACAAUUUACUAAUAGUGAAAUAGGUAGGAUGAAGAAGCUUUUUUAAUUUACAGAGGAGGCCAACAAGCCAUACACUAUCAAAGGCCUGAGAGAUAUUCAGAAACGUGCAUGUACAAUAACAAUUUUUGUCUAGCAAGUAAGGUAUAGUGUAAACAGCUCUGUUAACCUGCUGUACAACUGAGUGUGAAUUGCGAAAUCCGAAUUGAGAAUCUAGAAGGAUAGAUUUUUCAGUAAUACUUGGUAGGAUACAAUACAUCUUUUAAUAACCAAACUAUUUUGAAAACAAUUUAUUUGAAAAUACCACUAAUAUAUUUUUGUUUUUGUAAUCUAUUUUUUAUUGUAGAAAACUUAUAUAAUAUAUUGAUGUUUGAAUUGAAAAUUUACAAUCAACACAAGUAUUCAAUUCAGUUUGUAGAACUUGUAAAUUUUAUUUUCAAUAAUUACUUCACGACUCAGUGUUAGAAUUCAUGAAUGUAUAUUAUGGAAUUAUAUACAUACAAAUAUUAAUGACUAUUGUAUCUUUAAGGGUGGUUUAAUAUGCUGAACUGGGGUCAUGGACUACAUUAGCUCAAUAGUAGGCAAUAGGUACUGUACUAGGACUCGAAACUAACAGGUUAUUUAAAUACGAUAGAAUUCAUCACAUUUAUAAAGUAUCAUUAUUUCUGGUCAUGUUUUACAGAUUUGAGAGUAAAUCAGUAGAUUUGCUGAACUGCCAUCUAAAGUCAAUAAAAACUGAACUCAGUUAUAACGAAUGAAAUUUUCAAUUUAGAAACAUGAAACUAAUAGGUUAUUUAAACACCAUAGAACUUAUUACGUAUAAAAAGUUUUUGAUUAAGUUUUACAAAUUUUGGAGCAGAUCAGCAGAUUUGCUGCCACAGUUUAACAAAAUACUGAACUGAGUGCAGUUUUCAAUAGAAGCACUUAUUAUGAAAUCACUGGUAACCUUGCAGUACUCAAUGGUCCUGAUUCAGCAAAUUAGAUACUUCCUAUCUUUAACUAUUUUAUUUUUUUAUUGUUUCUAAUAAUUUGAUAAAAAAUUAUCCAUCUCAUUAUUUUUUUUUAACUUUAGCUUUUCUUACACAGAGACACUUAAAAGAAAUAUUAGUUCCUUGAAUAUCAGGACAUUUAUUUUUGGACAACAUGAGGAAACCGCGUUAGGUAGUUACAUAAUGAAUGUUAGAUACUUAGAAAAAAAUUGAUUCAUUACAAUUUCAUUCCGGAAAUAUUUAUAAUAAAAGGUUAAAAGUAAGUACAUCUAAAUAAAAAAGUAACAGAUUUGCAACUAUAGUGAGUUGUAUAAUCACAGGGACUUAAGUAGCAUCAUCUGAAUAACACCAUAUAAAUAUAAAAGCUAUUAUGGUUAUAUCAUAGAUACACAAUAUCGCCUGAUAUUCAAGCAUCUACAAUUUUUUUUUUUUUUGUAUCAUUGGUUUGAAAAUGAUUUUAAUUACUAUAAUUGAACUAUUAUAUCAUUAUUUAUAUACUUAUUUAUUUCAAAAUAGUCAAAUAAAAAUGUUAAUAUUUUUAACAAUACUUUCUUUAUUUUUUAGAUUUUGAUGAUCUCAAUGACGACGACGAUUUUUGAAAUUACAUUAUCUUAUAAUUAUUAUCCUAUGUAAGUAGUUAAAUCAAAUCCAUAAUAAUGUUUUAUUUACUCAAAAAAACAAUCUGUAAAAUGGUAGGCAAACAAAAUGUAAAAAAAAAAUCAAUAUGUUUUUAAAAUAAACAAGUUUGUAAACUCUAUAAUAUCUUAUUAUCUACCUUUGUUGUGUAAUUACUGUUCGUAGCUGGUGAAGGACAUCACAAUUCUAUAUAUCCCGUAUUAAUAUUAAUUUUGAUGAAUUUCACAAAAUUAUCCAAUAUGCACAUAUUAUUAAAACAGGUAUUUCUAUAAGAAUAUGUAAAAAUAAUUUUAGUUUGAUGGCCGAUUACUACUAGUGUUUAAAAAACUGAAAAACAAAACUAUAAAAGAAAAUUAAUAACAUAUUUGAAUAUCUUAUUAUUAUUAUUUUUUUAUACUUUAAAUUUAAUUAAGCCACAAAUAUGUUUUUGAAUAUUUAUGUUUAAUAAUAUUGUAUAAUUUACUAUAACUAAAAUUUAAAAAAGUUAAAAAUAUUUCAAAUAUAAUAACUUAUAUUAUUCUAAUGUAAAUCUCAAUUGUAGAAAAACUAGAUGUGAUAAAGACAAACUAAUUUGGCGUGUGAACAUCUAUAAAAAUCAAGUAUCAUUGUAAAAAAAAAAAAUAUAUUUCACAGGACUAAGUAAUUGUAUCUAACUAGACUUGUAUUAGAUCAAGGCCAAGAUACCGAUGUAAAAUAAUAUUUACAUUAUAUGUUAAUAGGAAAUGUCUACUUUAUUUAUUUUAACAUCAUAUUUAAUCCCAAUAAGGCUCCUGACAUUCAUAAUUGUCAACAUCGUAGUUAUAAUUAAUAUUUUUAGAUUUUUGAAUAGGUUUUACUUCAACUCGAGAUAUCUUUGGCUUAUAUGAACAUAUUUGUAAAUGAUUGGCCAUCUCAUCUUUUUCCGUAUAAAAGUAAUGGCCAUAAGGACAUUUUAUUUUAUUUGGAAAUGACUUCUUGCACUUCAUCAGAUGGUUUGGUAAUCUAUGACGUCGAAGUUUAUGGUUAGGGUCUAAUGGACAUUCCACUAAGUCCAAAUAGUAAAUGCUGAAGUCUACUAGUUCUUCUUUGGCCAAAAUGUUAUCCACUUCUUGUGUUGCCAUGGUUAUAUUUUCACGGAAAUCUAAAAAUCAAUUUAUAAAUAAAAAAUUUAUAUAUAAAAAUACAAAUAAUAACUGA